AUGGCUUCGUCCGCUGCAGAGAAGGGGCAAGCCCGUCGCUAUCGCCCGCCAGCCGCCACUGCCACCGGCCCCAGCCGUCGUUCUUUGGCUGCCACCGCCGUUGCCCACCGGCCGCCACCGUCGCCACCCGUCGGCCGCCACCGCUGCCGCCCGCCGUCCGCCACCGUCGCCGCCUGCCAGCCGCUGCCGCCCGCUGCCGGCCACCACCGCCCGCCAGCCGCCAUUGCCCGCCGACCGCCGUCGACCGCCACCGCCCGCCGGCCGCCACCGCCGCCCGUUGACCGCCAACCGCCGCCGUCGUCGCCAGCCACCGCCACCACCCGCCGGCAGCCACCGCCACUUGUUGACUGCCAACCACCGCUGUCGUCGCUAGCCGCCGCCAGUCGUCGUCGACUGUCGCCGACUACCGCAACCGACCGUCACCGGCCGCCGCAAUCGACCGCCGCCGGCCACCGCCGACCGUCCCGCCACUGCUGUCUGCCAACUGUUGCAACCGCCAUUGCUGUCUGCCGACCGCUGUCAGCCGCCACUGCUGUUCACCGGCCGCUGUCGCCACCUGCUGGUCGCCCGCCCGUCGUCGUUGACCGCUCAUCGCCGACCGCUCGCCGGUCGCCGCGCCGCCGAUUGGUCGUCGCGUCGCCGACCGCCUACCGGCCGUCGCACUGCCGACCGCCUACCGGCCGCCGCCGUCAUUCAUAA